GUGGACAAAUAAAUCCGUGUAAUUCACGGGUAGUAGUAGUUGAUGUGGAGUAGUUGUUUGCUUUGUUAAUUUCCUUGGCUUUUCUUCCAAAUCCAACAUACGCCAUUUCCCACGUCGUCUGCAACUUGCAAACUCUUUUAAUACAUUGCAGACCAAACCUACGAGUCAACGAGUCUGUGUAUCGGAUCAUGAAUCUCCUCGCUCUUUCCUACCCUUUUCUUUCAAAGUUCAAUUUUUUUUUUUCUUUUUCUUUCUUUCUUAUAAACGCAUCAUAACAACAACCCCCAUCUUCUCUGUACCUUUCAUUUCAUGAAAAAAAGUUAAAGACUUUUCAAGUUUUCAUCAUCAUUAACAUACAGUACAUAUAUUCUCGAUCUCCAUCAAAAGCUAGCUUUGAUCUCUCUAAACUCUCUUUCUAUCAUCAUCAUCAUAAUCAACAUGUUGCUUGUAGAUUGUUCAAACUGCCGUAGAGCUUUAGAGCUUCCACCAGGUGCUCAUUCAAUUCGGUGUGCUAUUUGCCAUGCUGUGACUCGCAUAGCUGACUCUCGUAGCCUCCAACCACCACCACCACAAGGUUUUUACUCCUCCACCCAUCAACACCAACCGUACUACCCACCACCACCACCACCCUUCACUGCUCCGUCUCCUUACAACCACGCGCCACGAGGGCCGCCUCCGGCCGUGCACGGCCGCAAGCGUGCUGUCAUUUGUGGGAUAUCUUAUAGGAACUCACGGCAUGAGCUGAAGGGUUGUAUUAAUGAUGCUAAGUGCAUGAAGUACUUGUUGGUCAACAAGUUCAACUUCCCUGAGUCUGCCAUUCUCAUGCUUAAUGAAGAAGAAGCUGAUCCUUACAGACAUCCCAUUAAAAGCAACAUUAGAAUGGCACUGUAUUGGCUUGUGCAAGGUUGUCAACCAGGAGACUCCUUGGUUUUUCAUUAUUCUGGUCAUGGUUCACAGAAAAGGAACUACACUGGAGAUGAGAUAGAUGGAUAUGAUGAAACACUCUGCCCCUUAGAUUUUCAAACUCAGGGAAUGAUUAUUGAUGAUGAGAUCAAUGAAACCAUUGUCCGGCCUCUUCCUCGUGGAGUUAAGCUCCAUGCAAUCAUAGAUGCUUGCCAUAGUGGCACCGUUUUAGAUUUACCAUUUCUAUGUAGAAUGGAUAGGACUGGGAGGUAUGUAUGGGAGGACCAUCGCCCUAGAUCAGGUGUGUGGAAAGGAACAAGUGGUGGGGAGGUCAUAUCCUUCAGUGGCUGUGAUGAUAAUCAGACCUCAGCAGAUACUGACGCUCUAUCAAGGAUCACUUCAACUGGUGCAAUGACUUAUUCUUUCAUCCAAGCCAUUGAGCGUGGACAGGCAACUACAUAUGGAGCCAUGCUAAAUGCAAUGCGGUCAACCAUUCGUAACACAGAUGAUGAUCUAGGUGGUGGUGGUGGUAUAGUGACAUCUCUUCUCACCAUGCUUUUGACAGGAGGGAGUGGUGGCGGGUUGAGACAGGAACCACAGCUUACUGCAAAUGAACCGUUUGAUGUGUAUGCAAAACCUUUCUCCAUAUAACUAUCAGAGCAAUAUGUUUUGUCCCUUGAGUGUGUACAGAUAACAGGGAAAACCCAUUUCUUGUUUCAUUGUUGUUGUUUUUUUUUUUUUUUCCCCUGAAUUCUUCAAAGAAGGGUGUUAUGCAUGGCUUACUUAACCUUUAUGUAACAUUUCAAGAUUCAGAGGAUGAGGAUUGAUGAAUUCAACAAACCUUUUAGUCCCAAGGCCCAAAUGGGGAUUGAGUUCUUGAAUAUGCUGACCACUGUUUCACUGAUCAAUUAAAUUUUCAUUUUUCAAUCAACA